GGAGCGCCGCGGUGGCCUGGGUGCACCGUGUGCCGCAGGCGCCUGGGCAGCUCGCCUCGCCUCGCCUCCCCUCCCCCGCCCCAGGGUCUCCUCUACCAGCUCCAGCCGCGGACCUUCUAGGAUAUUGUGCAACCCGCGAACCCCCCGCCCCCGCGGCGCCCUUCCCCCACGCGUCCCACCCAGCCUCACUUGGGGCAUUUUUAUUGACGGGGGCGUCAGUUGGCAAAUGGCUGAGCCGCGGGGAGGUGGCGGCGGGGGUGGCGGUGGCGGGAGGGGGCGCCCGGGGGGUGGUUGCUGGUAGGGUGUAGCUGCUGUGACAGAAAUAGGAAGUGGGUGGCUGCUCGCAGGCUUGCAUGGGAUCGGGUUUAUGGUUUUCUUCUGCAGAGGGAGGGGUGAUUUAUGGCUUUUAAAAAAUUAAUAUGGCAUUUUUAUGUGGCCGUGGCUUUCCACCGACUGCCUCGCUCCGGCAGGGUUCUCUUGGCGCUCCAUUGCAGCAAUUCCCUCCGCGCCCCCCUCCCCCUCCCCCUCCCCCUCCCCUGGAAGGGCCUGCACAGGACUCGCGAGAGAGCGGGAGAGCGUGGGGGGAGCCCGGCGCUUCCUUCCGCGCGGGGCGGAGGCGGGGGCGGCCGCUGGCUGGAGGGUGGCCGCGGGGGGCGCGGGAGGCGGGGAACGACCCGAGAGCACCAGCCGUUGCCGCCCCGGGAUUUCCCCCGCACGCCCCGGGGAGAGACACGAAAACCACUUCUCUAGCCUCCCUUGCCAUCCCCGGCAGGCCCCCGCCGACCUGUCAUUGCUCUUGAAGGGUUCUCCACUCGUGCACACCUCCCAAGUGAUAACCUCAUUCCGCCUGCUUCCUCCGUGCCCUGGCAUCCUUUUUGUAACGGGCUGUUUGAUUCCUAUUACUGCCUCCUCUUCCCCGCCUCCGGGAUGAUAAACUCCUGGCGAGGAUGGCACUGAGGUUGCUGGCAAACAGAAACUGGGAUGUGCGGAGUGAGGAAGGGGACAGGCUGUGGUUGUUCUCUCUAUCGCACGGGGAUCCACCGGCCUCCUUGUAUUCCUAGGUGUAGUGGGGGAGGAAUCAUCCUAUGAAUCCUGGAAGGAUGAGGCAGCAGAGCAGACCCGCCUGGAUUAAGUAGUAUCUCUCAUUCCUGGGGGUCAGGACACCAAGCAAAGCAGGGAUGGGCAUGAGCUGUGCGCGGAGCGGGCCUCUGAAAUUGGAAGCAGCUCUGGCUGGUGUAAUGUGUGUAUGUGGUGUGUAGAACAGAGAUGGUAUCUAAUGUGGCCAGAGCAUGCAGCUAGAGUGCAAGGCAGUCAAGUCGUUCGCACCAUGAGCACUUGAAAGUGAAGUAAACCCAGCAGCCCAAAGACCAUGAUACACAAGUCCCUCUGGGGUUUCAGAAAUGAUUCUUUCUCCUUAGAGGUUUACUCAAUUUCUAAAGUAAUUUUUCUGUGUGAGUGGCAGUGGUGAUGGGGGAAAUUGUGUUCCCUUUUUUCAGAAAGAACAAAAUAUCUUCUUUUGUUUUGGUUAUACCGGAAUCAUUCCUGCUUCAGUUUCUGUGCAGGAUUCAUACACCCAUGAAAAUAAUGAGGAAAUAGCUCUGCAAAAAUUAUUUGAAAUAGGGCUGCAGAGAGAUGCACAGCUAUUUUAUUUUUCCUGCGGGCAUGGAUUUUCAUGGAAACAGUCCAUUCAGAUUUAUUUGAGAGAGCUGUGUUUUGCAUGAAAGGCUUCUGUUGACAUUUUCAAAAAUUGAGACCCUUUGCUGGAAUAUUAGAGAAUGAUAACUGUCUCCUUAAUGUGUGAAGUUUAGAUGUAGCUCUAAUCUAGGUUAAGAUCAAAACAAUGUAAAACUUACAAUUCAAAUGAUACUAGUGAAUGUGUUGGCAAUUAAAAAAACACUUGUGCACACAUAGGGUCACAUUCCCUGUUUUAAAUCACAGGAUGUGGAUUCUUAAUGUAAAUGUAAAGUCAUGUCAUCAGGUGAACAUGUAAAAAUAAAUGUUUAUACUUUCUGGCUUAGUGUCUCUACCAGUUAGAAUGGAAGAGCAAAUGGAAGAGCCCAAUCAACCAUUCCAAGGCUACUUUGCCUUGGUUUUUUUCAAUGCUGUAUCAUUAUAAAUGACUUUUCAUUUUAGAUACACACACCCUCCCAUAAUUUCAAAAAUUUUAUUUACAUACUAUGUGGAUAAUAGACUCAAAAUAGGAAAAGUUAAUUUUGCAUUUGUUUUGAUAGAGAUCCUGGUGUGAGAUGUGAAAUGUGAAAUUUUGUUUAUAGAAGUUUUGUUGAUGAAUCCUGAUUUUAAGGUGGAUACCCUGUUGUUGUUUAUCCUGUGUUUUCUUGUAGACUUUAUAUUAUUGGCAUGAAAGGCAUUAUCCAAGGUUGGAUUCAAUAUUUUUUGGUACAUAAGAUUUUUGUGAUUAGUUAUUUGAGAUAAUCUAUUUUGAUUAUUAGCCUUCUGUGAAAUAAUAUUUCCUCUUGAAUAUGUAUACACAUAUUGAAUGAAUGGAAAGUAUGGGUAUGCUGGAUGUGAAACCUACUAACAAGUGAUUUAAUUUCCAAAAAUUAGAUAAUACGGAGUUUAGAAACCAUGAUUUACUUGAAAUUUUGUUAGAACUUCAUCUCAAUGGCUAUUUAAAUCAUUAUUUAAUACAGAAAAGAAGUUAUCCUUGAGGAAGUAUUUGUGCCCCUUAAGUUUUCUCUUUUUUACAAAGUAUGUGUAGUAUUAUUUACUAUAUAUGCAUACAGAAAUAAAUAUUCAGAUUGUUAUUACCAUGGCAUGCUGUGGCAUUUGCUUACAGUUACCAUUGUUAGUGUCAUCUGGCUUUUGUUGUAUAACAGAUUGCUAUUUACAAAUAAAGAUGUGCUUGUGGUUUGUAGUAA